AUGCCUCAAUCAGUCGACGGCAAGCAGGACUUCGAGCACCGCGAACAGGAUGCCAUCGGGGAAGAGGCCAAGACCGAGGCCCCCGAUGCAGCUGACAACCGCAUUCAUGUUACCGAGGAGCAGAACCGCGCCAUUCUUCGCAAGACGGACAAGCACAUCCUCAUCACCUUGAUGGUCAUUUACUUUAUGCAAGCCUUGGACAAGACCAACCUCGGCAUGAUGAACCUCUUGGGCCUAUCCAAGGACCUCCACCUACACGGCAAUCAGUACUCGCUCGUCAGCAGUGUCAUUCCGUUUGCCCAAAUGGCAUGGCAACCUGUAUCCUCGUACUUGGUGGUUCGCCUCGACACGCGCUACUUCAUGACAGCUCUCAUCGUACUCUGGGGAGCCAUGGCCAUGGUCCUCGGGGCCGCCAAUUCAUACGCCUCCAUCCUUGCCAUUCGCUUUUUCUUAGGGUUGUUUGAGGCAGGGUGCCUACCUCUGUUCAGCGUCUUGACAGCGCAAUGGUACCGCCGCUCGGAACAGCCACUGCGCGUGGCUCUGUGGUACGGAAUGAACGGCAUCUGCUCCAUAUGUGCGGCCCUCUUCUCUUAUGGAUUCGCUCACAUGUCGGACGACGCCCCGAUCAGGAAGUGGCAGGGUCUUGCUCUGCUCUGCGGCGCCAUUACCAUCAUCUCGGCGCCGCUUGUGUGGUUCCGCGUCGCGUCGACAGUGGCUAAGGCAAACUUCCUCACACCGGAAGAAAAGGAAAUUGCCAUCGAGCGUUUGCGCGCGAACCAGACCGGCGUUGGCUCGAACGAGUACAAGUGGUCCCACGUCUGGGAGGUUGCCUACGACCCCAAGUCGUAUCUCUUCGUUGGCAUUGCCCUUCUUAUCAAUGCCGGUGCCGCUGUGGCAUCUGCUUUUGGACCCACGCUCAUCAACAACAUGGGAUUCGACGCCUACACCAGCGCUCUACUCAACAUGCCAUUCGGCUUCUUGCAACUCGUUGUGAUUCUCAUCGCCUCAUGGGCCGCCCAGAGGUUCCACUCCAAGUCUAUCCCUCUUGCCAUCCUCCAGAUCCCUUGCCUCAUCGGUUCCAUCCUACUCUACACUGAGGGCAUCUCGGGACACUUCCGCCAGGGAAUCGGACUUUUUGGCUAUUACCUCCUCGCCAGCGUUUUCGGCUGCAACCCGUUGAUCAUCUCGUGGCUCAUGGCCAAUACUGGCGGCCAGACCAAGAAGAGUGUCCUCCUCUCGCUCUACCAAAUUGGCGCUGCGGCGGGCAACAUUAUCGGCCCGAUGCUGUUCAACGCCAAGGACGCACCCUACUACAUUCCCGGUCUUCGCGGCUGCAUGGGCAUCUUUGCCGCACAGCUCGUCCUGGUCGGCGUCACCUAUCUUGUUCUUGUCUGGCUCAACCGUGUGCGCCGCCGCCAGCGCGUCGCCAAUGGAAAGCCCGAGAACAUCAAGGACACGUCCAUGAUGAACAAGUUUGAGAACUUUGACGACGACGCGGGUGUCCUCGGUCAGAAUGCCCUGGACGACCUCACCGACUUCAAGAAUGACGAUGUCAACGACGGAGCAUCUGAAGGUAGGAUUAGCGACGAAGAAGUGGUGAUGUUUGGUACAAGAUAG